AUGGCACCCCUCCUCGAAGACCCUCGAUUCCGCCAAACCUGGAAUCAAUUCUCGCAGAAUGCAGAGCAUGCCACCGAGUCUGCGGCCGCUGGCAUCUGGACCUUCCAGCACCGCUAUCUAAACCCAUGUCUCUCCUCCGUCUCCUCCUCGUUCACACACUGCACCGGCCAUUGUUUCCCCGAUCGAUCAGCGCGCGGUCGGACGCGCGGGCGCGCGGAACUUAGUUUUGAUUUCUACGAUGAUUGGGAUCAGGAGAAUAAUGGUGGGGAGAGGCAGGGAUUGCUUGGGGGAUGGGGGAAUGAUGAGUUAGAUCGCCUGUUGUCGGGGACUGGGCCGGGGGAUCAGCCGCGCAGGAAGAGGGGGAUGAGUUAUGGGACUGGUGGUGCUGGUGGGAGUGGGAGGCCGAGGAGGAGGAAGAGUCAGGAUUUAAGGGAUGACCCGACGGUUAUUCCUAGUACGAGCGCAUUGGGGUUCUUGGGAAGAUUGCCGUUUAAAUUGGGAGGCACACUAAGGUAUAAACCCAGUGCAGCGGAUUUGCAGGAGCAUCCGGGGGCAAGGAGUGAGGAUUUUAGGGCGGUGGGUGAGGAUGGGGAGGAUGAAGGCGAGCCUCUAAUCACGGAUGAGGAUGAUGAGGGGAAGGGGCAUCAGAGACAACGAAGCUCUACUGCUAGUUCGGAGGAGACGUUGGAUUCAUUUCGCUCGAGGGGGGAUUUAUUCCCGAGUGAUGGGGAAGACGAUGCGGUGCCAUUACCUGACGAAUUCGCCAUGGUCCUCGAGAGGAGGACAACCAUAUCGAAUAUGGAUGAUAGGAGUAGUGGGAAAACAAGGAGCAGUAAAGGAAAGAGACCGGCUGGAUCAAGGACCACUUCGCGAACAUUAUCUAGGACAGCAGCUUCCUCUCAAUCCAGGCCAUCAUUAGACGGCCAGCAUACGAGUUCAGGACCACAAACCCCGGGUCUACCGUCUCCAGAUGUAAAGAUACCGUCGUUAACGGACUUGCAACAAGAAGACGAGAGACUUCGAUUAGAAGAAGACGCAGAAGUAGAAAGGAAGCGAGAAGCUGCUGCAAAGUUGGCUGCGGAACGUGGGCUGAGAAAGGAUGAUGUCAUCGAGGCUAUGGCGGAGAGCAAGACUGAUGCAUCUGUGGUGGAAGCCAUACCUGCACCAGAAGAUAUAGAUAUCAAAGAAGCGCAAGCGAGUGAUGAAGUGUCGGCUAAAUCACGGGAGAAGGAACCAAUGAGCGAAUCUCCACCGAAAGAACCCCGGGAUCAGGAAUUCGUGCCUGCUAGGUUGCCGAACUUUGGGUGA